CAACACUGCAAUUGCAUGCCCAAGCAAUUUUGACCGUGCAUGAGGCUGCGGCGCGGUGCACUGACUGCAACUGAGCUAGCAACAUUGACUUGCUUGGCAUCCGAGGGCUCAACACUCUGCUCGGGACCACGAGUGGUACGACCAGUAAUUGCUGUAGUACAAUGGCUAGAAUGCAGCUUGAAUCUAUUUUUGAGUCCAAAUGGCAAUCUUAUAAGUCCUCUGAUCUUCCCAUUUCUCAUCCUCUCAUCCUUCAAUCCUCUGCCGCGCACACACCAACCCUGAACCAAAUCCUAGAACCAGCACCAGCCCUCUCAGAGGUCCUUUCUGCUGCGCUACCAAAGCCAACAUUCUCAGUGCGUCACUGUCUGCUGCCAUCAACUUGUCUCAGCCUCGCUUGCAAACGCAAGUCCAUCCAACAACAACGAUGGCGCGCACGAGCUUCCACGACCCCUCUUCCAGCGAUGCGACCAGUGAGCCCAACCACGCUGAGAUGCUCGACCUCCUAACGCGGAGGAUCGAAGCAGUGGAACGUCAGCAGGCUGACGCUUCCGAAGCAGCUACCCCGCCUCCGGCGCCCGCGACCAGGCCUGCCGCGCGCACUGUGGAAGCAGAAGAGCUGCCGGGAGAGCAGCCUGCUGCUGCGCCGGGGCGCCCGAUCACCAACAGGCUGCGGAAGCAACAGGACAAGCUGAAGGGAAGGGGUGGCCACAAGCUCACCGACGCGGCGCAACGCGGCCAGGCCGACGCAGUUCAUGCGCUUGUGAAGCAUUACGUCAAGCUGUUCAUUGCCUGCCAGGACUCCGUCCCGCAGACUCCUCGCUAUGUUAAGGCCCGCGGCAUCACCAUGCGGCAUGAGCGACCUGUGCAAGAAGACUGGCUUAAUUGAUCAACGGCUAGAGGUCAACAGAAGUUGGUUUUGACGUUGGGUAGGAAGCGUAGUCUGUUGUCAGGCGUCCGCGGUGUAUAAAACUUGUGGAAUUGUGUGGUAGUUCUUGAAUAAACGGUUCAGGGUGAGGGCAGCUUGCUCAACAUCGUGAUCGUGAUCCUUUGGAACCGUCAAUUCUCUUGUUGGUCGUUUUUCGUUUGAUCCGUAUAGUCGUCACACUCGCA